UCUUUGAACCAGUAUCUAUACACACACACAGAUAUAAAUGUAUAUACACACAUAUACGCACACACUAUACAGAUUCUUGUUUUUGCUUCAUAUUUUCCUUUUCUCUUUUCUUCUUUUUGUAUUUUUCCUAAUUUAUCUGGACUUAAUUCCUUGAUUUUAGUCUUUUCUUUUUCUUCCGUUCCCUGGUUGGUGGAGACAAAGGAAAGAUCUGAUUUGCUUUAUACUUUCUCUGGUUGCUUCUUGCUCCAUUUUCCUUUCGUUUUUUUUUCCAAAGAGCAAGAUAAUACUGUGGUUCUAGAACACGAGAAGAGAAGAGUACUCCCUCAUUUUUUACAUCAAUGGUGUGGAGAAGACUGGGAUCCCUUUUUUCUUUUUUCAAGUCUCGCGAUGGUUCUCAGCAGCAGAGAAGAAUGAUGGAAGUAGAGCUCGGCGCGCACACUAUCAAGAGUCAUGGAGGAAGACUUGCUUGGGAUCACAAGCAUGAUUGGCUCAUACUGCUGCUGCUUAUUGUGAUUGAGAUUAUUCUAUUUAUCAUUCAUCCAUUUCGCCGUUUUGUUGGAAAAGAUAUGAUGACAGACCUCAGAUAUCCCUUGAAGGACAAUACCGUUCCUGUUUGGGCCGUGCCAAUCUAUGCAGUUUUGUUGCCUAUUGCCAUCUUCAUUUGUGUCUAUUUCCGUAGAAGAGAUGUCUAUGAUCUGCACCAUGCUGUGCUAGGCCUCUUAUUCUCUGUGCUGAUCACUGGAGUUAUUACUGAUUCAUUAAAAAAUGCAACCGGCAGACCAAGGCCAGACUUCUUCUGGCGUUGCUUCCCUGAUGGAAAAGAUAAAUAUGAUGAGUUUGGCGGUGUAAUAUGCCAUGGUCUGGCUAGCGUUAUAAAGGAGGGGCAUAAAAGUUUCCCAAGUGGUCAUUCUUCAUGGUCCUUUGCAGGACUAGGUUUUCUUUCAUUUUACUUGUCUGGAAAAAUCCAAGCCUUUGAUCGCAGAGGGCAUGUAGCCAAACUCUGUAUUGUUUUCCUACCUCUGCUUGCUGCUUCUCUCGUUGCCAUUUCUCGAGUCGAUGACUACUGGCACCAUUGGCAAGAUGUGUUUACUGGUGGUAUUUUAGGCCUAGUUGUUGCAGCUUUUUGCUACAGGCAAUUCUUCCCGAACCCAUAUGAAGAUGAUGGUUGGGGGCCUUAUGCAUACUUCAGAGCAGUGGAGGACUUGCGUGCUAAUUCGACCUCUGGGCAGCAAAUGAGUGCAGUGACAGCGCAGGCAAUGGAGGCUCAGGUUAUGACUCAACGUGCCAGAGAAAAUGGAGAUGCCCUCCAAUAUCAAGUCUAGAUGCUCUAUGGAAUGAUAUUAUUUUGUAGAUAGAUUGAUAGAUAAAUUGUGAACGUAAUUUGUGUUCCACUUUUUUUCAGGAGGGAGUUGUGUAGCUAAUGACUGUUUCGUUGUUAUAUCUAUAGGUUUAUUGUUAGUAUUACAGAAAUUAAUGUUUAAAGUUCAGCUUUACUUAAUUUCUAAAA